AUAAAAUUGAAACCUUCAAUUAUUCUCCACCACAAAUAAAGAAAUAAAGCACAUUCGUGCUUUCUUGUUCACCCACAAAAAAGAAAGUUGCUUUUUCUUCUUUACUUUCACAGAACAAAACAACAAGAACAAUUCUUUCUUUUCUUUUUUUUCUUUAAUCGAUCAAGUAACAAGCAAGUGGCAACCUUCACAAGCUUCCCAUUAGGGUUCUGACCGGUGGCUGUUCGGGGUUUAGGAGGAUGUCGACAGUGGUUCUCACAGGUUGUAGAUGAUGAGCAAAGUGUUUCCAAGGAUCAGAAACACCGCUCUGAUACCAUGUUGUCAAUGAUAAUCAGAGACAAAGAUGAUCAAAGGGAACUGAUUUUAUUGAUUUGAUUCUUGCAUAUUUUCAAAGAUACAUGGAUAGCAUAUAAAUACACAUUCGCCUUAGAUAAUAAAGGAAAUACAAUAAAGAUGAUUCACAAUUAUUGGUUGCCUAAUUUACGGAUGCCAAGAAUAGGGAGGUUUCUUGUUGACCCAUAACUUGCUCUCCAAGAUAUCUUGUAAAACAACAACCAUGGCAACAUACUUUAACCAAAACCAAUCAAACAUCCUUUCUUCACAAAAAGCCCAUAUAUUCAAAGAUUUAUUCAAGAAAAAACAGUUCAAUGAUCUUCCUCACUGGUAUUCCUUAGAAACAGGAAUAUACAGUAGCAAACACUCACCAAGAACCUUACCUUCCGACCCUUUUGUUGAUGUUGUAUCCCAUAUAUUUUCCCAAAAACAGAAUGGGAAAACAUCCUUCAUAGAUUCUUCAACAGGGUUCUCCCUUUCAUACUCAGAACUACAACCAUUAGUUAAAUCCAUGGCCUGUGGGCUCCACCACCAAAUGGGUAUUUCAAAAGGUGAUGUUGUUUUGAUGCUUUUACCAAAUUCAAUACACUUCCAUAUUGUUUUCUUGGGUAUUUUGUAUCUUGGUGCUGUAGUGACCACCAUGAAUCCUCUUUGUACUGUCUCAGAAAUUAAAAAACAAACUAGUCAAUGCAAUGUGAAACUUUGUUUCACUUUGUCUACUAGACUUCAAGACUUGAGUGCAUUAGGGAUCACUUCCAUUGGGGUACCCGAAAACGCAAACUACGAUCCAAACUCGACUGCUUUCUCAUGUUUUCACCAGCUUAUUUCGCGUCAUAAAAAUAAUUCCCUGCCCCCUCGAACGAUUAGCCAGGAUGACCCUGCCGCUAUUCUAUUUUCUUCUGGCACUACUGGUGCUAGUAAAGGUGUAGUCUUGACUCACAAAAACUUGAUUGCGGGGGUUGAGUUGUUUGUUCAAUUUGAAGCUUCACAGUAUGGCGAUGAUAACGAAGAAAACACUUAUUUGGCUGUUAUACCCAUGUUCCAUAUAUAUGGUCUUACACUAUUCACUUUAGGAAUCUUGUCACUAGGCUCAUCCAUUGUAGUGAUGAACAAAUUUGACCAUAAUGAAAUGGUACGAGCUAUCAGCAAAUAUGGUGUCACACAUUUCCCAGCAGUACCUCCAUUGCUUAAAGCAUUGAUCAAAGUAGGAAAGAGUGUUCAUCGUGGUCACUUGAAGAGCUUAAAACAGGUGUCAAGUGGAGCAGCACCUUUGAGCACACAAUGCAUGGAGGAAUUUGUACAAACAUUUCCUCAUAUCGAUUUCAUUCAGGGUUACGGCUUGAGUGAAUCAACUGCGGUGGGAACACGAGGAUUCAACACAAAACAGAUAAGAAAUUACACAUCAGUCGGGUUAUUGGCUCCUAACAUGCAAGCCAAAGUUGUAGAUCAUGUUACUGGUUUGUGUUCACCUCCGGGGAAAACCGGAGAACUUUGGUUACGAGGGCCUGGCAUUAUGAAAGAAUAUCUGAAAAAUGUGGAGGCAUCUUGUUCAACAAUUGAUAAGGAUGGAUGGCUGCAUACUGGAGACAUCGUCUAUUUUGACCAUCAAGGGUAUUUGUAUAUUGUUGACCGGCUCAAAGAUGUUAUUAAAUACAAAGGUUUUCAGAUUGCACCAGCUGAUUUGGAGGAUGUCUUGAUUUCUCAUCCAGAUAUAGAAGAUGCUGUAGUUAUAGGGAAACUAGAUGAGGAAGCUGGAGAAAUUCCCAUGGCUUUCGUCGUGAGGAAACCUAAAGCCAAAAUUUCCCAUUAUGAUGUCAUUAACUUUGUUGCUAAACAGGUUGCACCAUACAAGAAAGUUCAAAAAGUGGAAUUUAUAAAUGCAAUACCAAAAUCUGCAGCAGGAAAGAUAUUGCGACGAGAACUAAAGUACACAUUGACGUCAAGACUUUAAAGCUUUGUGUUGGCAGAUAAAAUGCUUAAUGUUCAGUGGCAUUGAAUAACCACUUUAUUUUUAUAUCUUUGUUCUUUGAACCCUUGGAACAUAUUGUAAACAUAUGUUAGUAACAAUUCAAUAAAUUGGAUUUUUUUUUCUAUUUUAAAUGGGUAGUUUGGAAA